AUGCCCGCCCCGAAUCAGGCGUUUCGUGGCGCCUCGCUCUACUCUGGCAUCUUUGACACUGCUGAACCCUCAAAGGAAUCACAGCAGGAUACAUCCCAAUCGCAAGCACCCUCGGCGAGCACCUCACAACUCGUGGAAAGCGAUUUCCCCUCGACCUCGAUCAAAGAUGCAGCAGCUAGCGCUGCCAGUGAUGCGGCUGGUCCGUCCAAGACUUCAGGUGGCACAGGCUGGUCUGCCGCGCUCCGUUUCGCACCACGUCGCACAGCUGCUUCUGCAAAGGCAAAACCAAGGCCAAACGUCGCAUUUGUAGCCUCGUUCGCUCCCGCCGCGCCCUCAGGAGCAGACACUGUCGAGCCUCCGAAAGGCUCCCUGAGCCGCGCACCUGGAGCUGGCCCGAAAGCAUCCUCAUCCGCCAGUGCUUCUGCUGCCACCGAACCCGUCGCAUCGGAGUCUUCUACUGCAGACGCAGACAAGUCAUCUGCCGCUCCCGACAAAGCUGCAGUCAGAACGCUCGCUGGUCUUGCUAACUCGGAUCUCAAACUCACCGCCUUAGCCUUGCCCCAUUCGGAAACAGACGACGAAUGGCUCAGUUCACAGCUCGAGAAAUAUCCCGUAUCGGAGCCACCGCCAUUCACCCUGCCGCCUCAGGACAUCGAACGAGACAAGGCGCUUGCUCGCAAAGCCGCUGAGGCUCGUGGGGAUGUUCGCCACAACUACGAUGACGUGGACGCCGGAGAGGACGAAGACGCGGACGUCAACGGCUUCUUGUCGACCAAUGCAGGUAAACGUGCUGCAAGAAAAAAGAAGAAGCGCAAGCGUGGCACGUCUCCGCCCGGUGGACCCAACAUGAACGCCGAGUACGAUCCGCGCGUUCCGAACGACUAUAUGGCGUACAAGCAGCUGGUCCACGAGAGGCGCAAGGCCGAACUUGAGUUUCAGCAGUGGCAACGGGAGCAAGAGGGGCGAGUCUAUGACGAGCAAGAAGAAGAAUGCGACCAUGACGAGCGUCGUUGGCCUGAUGACGGCCAGAGAGAGGGGUCGACACGUUUCAAUCAGCCUUUAUCGUCAGCAUCGCUCCAUGGACAGAACAAUGACGCCCAGAAGGAAGAAGCGACGCCGAGUAGGACAAUGCAACCGUUGACCGGAGAAGAAGCGUAUGCUCGUCGUAUAGCCAUGUCUGCCGCUGCAUCCUCCAGCAACGCGAGUGAUGCCGUAGCGGCGACAGCUCCGUCGAGUGGCGAGGAAGCGUACCAGAGGAGAGUCGCGAUCACAAACGCGGCUACGGGAGAAGAAGCGUAUCUACGCAGGCUUGCCAUGUCGCAAUCUUGUCCGCCUCGCCCACUGCCUGGUCCGCCUCGCCCACUGCCUGGUCCGCCUCCUGGUCCACCGCCAGGGCCCCCGCCAUCACGACCGCCAUUACCUGCUGCCGGCGAGCCGUCGACGACCUCUGCAUCCGCAUCGCUGACAGCCCGUCAAACCGCAGCAGCAGCCAUCGCCGCGCGGCUAAGCUCCGUCCAAGCACCCAUCGCCUCCAGCGCCUCGCCCUCCACCUCGGAACCAUCGGAUCCCACCACGUUCGCGUCGCGCCUCAUGACGUCGUACGGCUACGUUCCGGGGAGCGGGCUGGGCGCUUCGGCCAACGGCAUGCUCGAGCCGCUCACCGUCGCGUCCUCCGCCUCUACUCGAGGACGUGGGCGGAUCGUCAACGGCGCGCAGUCCGCACUCGCGCAAGCGGAAGCGGUGCAGUACGGCAGCGCGACGGCAUCGCGUGUGGUUGUGCUGCUUAACAUGGCGUCACCGGCGGAUCUGCAGCCCGACAACAAGCAGGAGCUCGUCGACGACGUCGCCCACGAGUGCGCCAAGUUCGGCAUCGUCCAGCGCGUGCUUGUGCAUCAGGCGCAGCAGGCGCAGCAGGGGACGGCAGACGUGCGUGUGUUUGUCCAGUUCACGGGCGAGGCCGGCGGUUGGAAGGCCGUCCGGAAUCUGCAGGGCAGAUGGUUCGAGGGCAAACAGGUGCAUGCCUUCUACUAUGAUCCCGUCGCAUUCGAGCAGGCAGAGUACGACUUACCGCUGCCACGACCAAACACGCACACAUAA